GCUCCAUCGCACGCUCGCUGUCGUUGCAAAUCGCCAUGUCAGAUGUCGAGAACGACUUCGACUUGGUGAGCGACAACCAGUUCGCCACUCCUGUGUCACCUUGGCCGACCUCCCUGCAGUACCUUCGCGUCAAGUCGAGUCGCUGGGUAGGGCCCGGCGGCUGCAUGCGCCGCCCAUCCUUGCUGGAACAAGUUAUAGCCCCGGAGGAUCUGCUCUCCAGUUGAUCAACUGUAUCUCUAUGAUUCGCACGAUCACGUUAAACGACGCUAUUUCGAGCCGCUCUUAUCAGCCAACCCCGGCUGUUUAGGAAAUCACCGAACAGUUCGACGGUCAAUAUGUGACCCCGUCCAACUGUCUCGGCUGCGCUGUAACCCUGUUUCCCCAUUUGAGAUACACGCUGUCGAUACUCCAUUGAGCAUCGCCUCCCGGCCGACGACUGCUACCGAAGGCAUGGUUUACCGCGGAACAGCGAAGCCUUCAAGCUGAAGCUUUGUGACGACAAGACCUCUGGCCCAUUGCCGGCUCUUAUCGCUGUCAACACCGUGAGGCGACGAUCGUGCUCCUUCCCGAUGCGGUAUCACGUCAAUGCUCGUGUGCCACUUUGUUGCCGGUCCACAAGAAUGAAGGCGGUUGUCCGUAGCUGCAGAUCAGACCGUCGAUAACAUGAGCAGUCAGUUCGGUCUGACAACGGUUAACGACGGCAUCCACAAUCUCAAGAAGCGAUAGCCCUUAGUCUUGUUGUGGCAGGCACGAUUUGCUUGGCUGGCAAUGCGGAGAUCCAUCCCAGUGCCUCGAUGUGGUUCGAUACCCUGAUGAAACUAAAAGGUAUAAACAUGCACAUCCCUCCCGCAUGUAGCGUGUGUCGAGGAUCGUCUUGAGCGUCCUGCACGGGAGGGCUACAUUCCUCACUUCCUCAACAUCACUGCCGCGUUCGAACCUUUCAGUUCCAACCAUGGAUAAGUUGCGAAGACCUUGGAAGUUUUCGCGUCGCGACACGGACGCCGUCCAGCUCGAAGGUGUUGGCUCCGCCUCCGGUGUUGAAACGAUCGCGUAUGAUAAAGAAGUCCAAUCUCAGGCCAAACAGGCCGACAGCGACACCAACAGCCAGGAAGUUAGAAACGCUGAGGCGGACUUAAAGAAAUUCAGCGCCUUGCACGAGUUCGAUCCAAAUCUGCCAUGUACGCAGUAGCUGGUCAUUUUUUUUUUAAAUACCGUGCAUAGUUCUAAUGCGACUGUAGCUGAAAAGCGCGAUGCCAUUCAAGGUGCUCUGGGUCACAAAGAUGUCGAGGCCGAGCUCAACCUCGAGCAUGAACUUGAAGAGAAUUCCCCGUACCCGGAAGUCCGCGCCGCUGUGCGUGCGACGGACGAGGACGUCCCCUGCAAUACUGUUCGCGCCUGGAUCUUGGGCAUGAUCUUUGUCACAGUUGGGUCCGGUUGCAAUAUGUUAUUCUCGCUUCGCAACCCAGCCAUCCAGAUUACGUCUAUCGUCGCACAGCUGGUGUCCUAUCCAUUCGGCGUCGCCAUGGCUAAGUUCUUGCCAAAGAAGAAGUUCCGAACGUUUGGUAUCGAGUGGACCUUGAAUCCUGGCCCUUUCAAUAUGAAAGAGCAUACGCUUAUCACCAUCAUGGCCAAUGUAUCCUUCGCGCAAGGCGCUGCAUACUCGACUUAUUCGUUGGAGUCUUUGAUUGGAUUCUACAAAGUUGACUACGGUUGGGGAUUCGCCUUGCUUUUCACAAUAACGACGCAAAUGGUUGGUCUGGGCCUGGCGGGUAUAUUCCGACGAUUCUUGGUUUACCCAGCAUCUAUGAUAUGGCCAGUCGUACUUCCUAACUGCGCUUUGUUCUACUCUCUUCAUAGCAGGGAGAAACCAGACCCAGCGGAGACGAAUGGGUGGUCCAUUUCACGUUAUAGGUACUUCAUGUACGUGUUCAUCGGUGCAUUCAUUUGGUACUGGUUCCCGGGCUUCAUUUGGCAAGGACUUUCCGUCUUCGCGUUCGUCACGUGGAUUCGACCGAAUAACGUCAUUAUCAACCAGGUCUUUGGUGGCUUCACAGGCCUUUCAGUGAUUCCACUCACUUUUGAUUGGACCUACAUUACAGCGUAUAUCCUCAGCCCUCUGAUUCCACCAUGGCAUGCCAUUGCAAAUACCCUCAUCGGCCUAGUAUUCUUUGUGUGGGUCGCCGCCCCCGCCGUCCACUACACCAAUACAUGGUAUGCCAAGUACCUGCCAAUGUCCGACUCCACCAGUUACGACAACACAGGAAAUACCUACAAUGUCUCUCGGAUCGUGACGCCUGAAUACACGCUAGAUGAGAAGAAAUAUGCGGAAUACUCACCCCUCUUCUUAUCCACGACUUUUGCCCUUACGUACGGCCUUAGCUUCGCUUCAAUUAUCAGUGUCAUCGUUCAUACGUACUUAUACCAUGGCAAAGAGAUCUGGUACCGAAUGAAGGCCGCACGCGAUCAAGAGGACGAUAUUCACAUGAAGUUGAUGAAGAAGUACAAAGAAGCACCCGAUUGGUGGUUCUUUGUCAUAUUCAUUGUCAUGCUGGCUUUGUCCUUUGUCACCGUGGUUCACUGGCCAACACACUUGACCUGGUGGGCGCUCAUUAUAGCCUUCAUCAUCUCAUUUGUAUGGAUUGUGCCUCUGGGGAUGGUCCAGGCCAUCACAAAUAUUCAAAUUGGACUGAAUGUCUUCACUGAGUUCAUUAUUGGUUAUAUGCUUCCUGGUCGUCCGCUUGCCAUGAUGUCAUUCAAGACAUACGGCUAUAUCGCUAUGUACCAGGGCUUGACUUACAUCCAAGAUCUAAAACUUGGACAUUACAUGAAAGUACCUCCACGGCCACUGUUCUUCGCUCAGUUCGUCGCGUCUUUGUGGAGUUGCGUGGUCCAAGUUGCGGUCUUGUACUGGGCUUUUGGCAACAUUAAAGGCAUUUGCGAUGCCGAGCAGUCUGCCCGCUUUACCUGCCCCAACGGACGUGUGUUCUUCACUGCUUCCAUCAUUUGGGGCGUCAUUGGUCCCAAUCGGAUGUUUUCAGGUUCCGGUAUCUAUAAAAACCUUCAGUAUUUCUGGUUGAUCGGUGCGCUCCUACCUGUUAUUUUUUACUAUGGCACCAAACGCUUCCCGAGAAGUCCGUUCCGAUAUCUUCAUGCUCCGGUUAUCUUUGGUGGGAUAGGUUACAUCCCUCCAGCAACUCCGCUCACUUACCUUUCCUGGGGAGUUGUGGGUUUCAUAUUCAACAAACUGAUCAGGAACAGCAAGAGAGGUUGGUGGCUUACGUAUAACUACGUUACCUCUGCCGCUUUGGAUUCUGGAUUGGCAGUUUCGACCAUCAUCAUCUUCUUCGCGCUCCUCCUACCGCAAAUUAACCCGCCGAGCUGGUGGGGCAACAAUGUCGUCUCCUCUACGCUUGAUGCGCAGGAUGCUGCUAUUCAGGUUGUCCUGCCAACAGGCAAGACAUUUGGACCAACGCAUUGGUGAGAAUGUAGCGUGUGAUGGAAGAAUCUGACAAAAAAGGACUUAAAAAUUAGUCAUUUGAUACUGCUCUUACCACGAGCUAAAUUAUGAUGCGUGUAGCAAAUUGAUAUUUCCUUUGAGC